AUGGGUUCACUUGCCGCGGGAGGAUGGAGGAAGCUUGACGUCGGAGUUGUCGGAGGCGGCAUUGGUGGCAUGUCGGUUGCAAUCGCACUGAGACGAGCCGGACACAAGGUCACCAUCUACGAACGCAACGACUUCGCCGGCGAAGUCGGCGCAUCUGUCUCUUGCGCUGCCAAUGGCACGCGGUGGCUGCAUGAGUGGGAAGUUGAUGUCGAGAAGGGAGACCCCGUCGUCCUGAAAAAGCUCAUCAACCGCGACUGGAAGACUGGCGAGCCCGUCAGCGUGUACGACCUUGACGACUAUGAGGAGAGAUGGGGCUAUGUCUACAACAUGUUCCACCGCCAAUACAUGCACGCCAUGUUGAAAGACUCGGCUAUGGGUGACGAGGGCAAGGGCGAACCGGCGAAACUGUUUGUCCAUCACAAGUGCAAGAACAUCGACUUGAAAGCAGGUCGCAUUGAGUUUGAGAAUGGCAAGACGGUCCAACAUGACCUCAUCAUCGGUGCAGACGGCAUCGGCUCUGCCGUUCGCGGCCUCAUCGGCAUCCGCCCCGAGAAGCGCCCCGCCGACUCCAGCUGUCUUCAUGCCAACGUCGCAACCGAAGAUGCUGUCAGGCUCGGCCUCGUCGACUACUCCAAGGACGCUGCCUUGGAGUAUUGGGGAGGACAAGAGGGAAAGUGGGACAAGAUCGUUCUUUCCCCUUGCAACGGUGGCAAGCUUCUGUCGUACUACUGCUUCUUCCCUCGUGACAAGGGAGACUACACCAACCAAGCCUGGGGCGUCGAAGACCGCCCCGUUGAGGAGCUGCUUGCUCCUUACCCCCAGCUUGACGAUCAGGUCAAGGCUCACCUGGCCAUUGGAAAAGACAUCCAACCGUGGCGUCUCUGGAUGCAUGAUCCGUAUCCGUACAUCGCCAAAGGCACUGUGUGCCUUUUGGGAGAUGCAGGACACCCGAUGAUGCCCCACCAAAGCCAGGGUGCCUGCAUGGCAAUUGAAGAUGCGGCUGCACUGGGCAUCCUUUUCAGCCCGAAGUACUUCUCCGGCGAUGUUGCUGAAAUGCUCUCCAUAUAUGACGAGGUUCGCCUGCCUCGCGCAACACGGGUACAAUCCGCCGCAGCCAAGGCCGCUUACAAUAUCAACGAACGUAUUGGUUUCUCCAGCAAUACCAGUAUCGGCACUUACAAGGUUGAAGAUGAGAAGGCCAAGUUGACCAUCGAGGAGAUGAAUGCUUACGACAUGUACAAGGACAUCGACGAGACAAUUUCAAGGCGGAGAGGCUCGCCUUUCACAGAGCAGUGGGCAAAAGGGUUGCCAUUCGGACUUCAGUUGUCGGGUGGCGUCAUUGUUGGAGCGGCAUGA